GCUGCGCAAGCAGCGCCCGGGCUUGGAUCCGUGUCGCUUUGCCACAAGCAGUGCAGCGGAAAAGUCCGUGCGCCGGUAAGCCUAACGUAGCCCCGGGUUCGCCGCCGCUCACCCCCACCUCUCUUCCGAGGGAGGCAGCAGCUGUGUCGACGACGCAGUCAGGUGGCGUGCGCUUGCCGUCCGGCGACGGUGCUUCUGCGCGUUCUGCGACUCGUCACAGUGCGCGGCGCACCUAUGACUACGACGGCCACGCGGCUCGCUUUACCCUAUCCGGCAACAGCAGUUGCGUGACAACCCCCGUGUGCUCAGGUACUGCGCGGCGCUUGUUGUCCUCGAGCUCGUGAAGGCGCCAAGACGGAUUAGGCGGCGCACACGCUGCCGCCCGACGAGAGACGACCGCGUACCUCCCGCGCAAGUCUUCUCCGCCAGCAGUCAACUCCGGCUGAGUAAGGCAGUAGUGGUCGGCUGACACGGGGCCCAGCUCCAAGUGCGAGCGAGUCAAGCCGCCUGCUGCGAGUUGUGCUGCGCGCGGCGACAGAGCGCGCCACGCGGUGAAGCGCGCCUCUCGAGUCAUGGGAUCCGCGCUCGACGGCCCACACGGUCGCAGCGUCCGGCUCCGCAUGCUCCUCCUCAGCGCAUGAGUGUGCACGCCAUGACUGCAGCCUGCGCCGGUAGCAACGGCAGCAACGUUGGCCCGCUCUCCGGUUACUUGGUGCAGCGGCCUGGCGGCGCCCUGGCUCGUCUGAAGGGCAGACGGAAGCGUUGGUAUGUCUUUGACCAACACAGCUGCUGUUUGCAUUCCUACAAGAAUGACUUGGAUGCUGCAGCAAGAAAGCCUCCAUUAUUCAGCAUCGACCUCCGUAAUGCUGCCAUUUCUUUCCUAGUGGAUGAGGAAAACUGCUUUGUCAUUCACUCUGGAGCCAAGGAGUAUGUCUUUGUGGCUGGAAACCAUGAGUCAAUGAUGGCAUGGGUCAUGGCCCUACAGGCCAAGAGAGACCUGUGCCGGGAGCAAGAGCCAGUUAAUUCUGCACAAAUGGAGGAAGAUGACGGUGCGAAGAGAAAAAUAUCUCUACCGGCUGGUGUAAGGAUCAAUGAGAGCAGGACACCAAGGCAGUGUGAUGAAAAUCAAGGGACAGCUGGCCACAGUCUGACACCUCACCAUGAGCAAUGUGACAGGAGACUUUCUCUACAACACUGGAGAGCUAAGCCCUGGCCAAUAACACCUUUUGCGCUUGUCAACCAUCACCCUACAAUUGAGGACAACUGUUCAUCACAUCCUGUCACUGCCAUGUGUGCUACUCUGGAAGAAAACACUGCCGAGAUGCGAAAAACAGACAUUCAGCCCAUCUCACAAAAUAGGAUGCCUCUUCUAUCAACAUCUUCAUCUGAAUGUGUUUCUGCAAUGCCUGGGCCCAUUCAGUGUUGUGCUCAACACCGUAAAGACAGUGGUACUGUGAUACUGCCACUGCGAUGUAGAGAAGCCAGUGGGGGAAGGAGUCACUACAGGAGGGCACCACUACGGAGGGUCAGUCACCACGGUAGCACGUCCGACUGUGAGUCAGACUCAGAUGCUGUGGAUCGCAGUGGAGCUGGACGUGAUUGCGGAGGAUUCUCUGCAGCAAUGUGGGAGCGCAUUCGUUUCUUGCGCAUGGCAAGCUCUGAAUCCACCAAAGACAGCAGCAGAAACCAGGAGCGAGCAGGGUCAGUAGAGAGCAAGAGGUCACUAUCUGGGAACUCGGUGUCAAGUGAUUCAGCCAUUGGUCAUGGAGACUCUGCCCUCUCACUGCGCCUGCAUGAGCUGGAAGCUGAGCUGAUGGCCACAAAAUGUGAGCUGGCAAAAGCUUUGAACCGAGAGACAUCUCAAAAGAAUACCCUUAUUGAACAAGACAACCUCAUUGCUGAGCUACAACAUCGAAUCCAUUGCCUUGAAGCCAGUGGGGAUGAUUUGAGGCCGAAUGCAAGGGGGAACAACUUGAACAUACAACGAAUGAAUGAUAAAUGCUGCAUGCUACAGAGUCAUAACCGAUUUCUGAAUGAGGAAGUUCAGAAUUUGUCAAGGUUAUUGCAGCAACAACAGUGCCAUGCCAUAACUUACCAAAACUGCCUACAAGACCAGGAAAAAGAGAUUGACCAAUUGAAGAGAGACUACGUCUUCCUUAUGCAGUCAGCCAUUAGGAUGCGUUCCAUGGAAGGACCUGAAGUCAUGGAGGUAUACUUUUAUGGUGGACAAAGGCAUGCAGCUCGUGUACUCCAGCUGUUGCGGGAAGCCCGUAUGUCAAACCCAGGUCUUCCUACAUAUGACAGCCAGAGCAAGGUGCUACAACACACGGAUGCCUUAGGCUUUCGGCACCAUUACACUGAGGAGAGCCUGGCACUACACUACAUCUGUCGCCAGCUGCACCUUCACUACCAGGAGCGGCUGCCCUCAGCUGCCCACCACCUGUGGCGCUGGCGCCAGUACCUUCUGCUUUGUGGUGACAACCUUAUCAGCACAAAAGAACUGAAGAGCUUGGUACGGCAAGGUGUUCCUGCUGCAUUCCGGAGCCAAGUCUGGAAGGCACUGUAUACCUGUCGAGUGGCUGACAUCAUGGAAGACAAGGGCAAGAACUACUACAGCAACUUAUGUUGUCAAGCAUCUGAGUCUGAGGUGGUGUCUCAGAACAAGCGGCAGAUAUCCCUUGACCUUUUACGGACGUUGCCAAAUAAUGUUCGAUUCAGCAGCCCAGAUGCUGAUGGGAUACGCAAGCUGCAGGAAGUUCUCCAAGCCAUUUGCUUGCACAACCCUAGCCUUGGAUAUUGUCAGGGCAUGAACUUCCUGGUUGGAAUGUGUCUGCUUUUCAUGGAGCCUGAAGAUGCCUUUUGGUGCCUUGUGGGCAUUACGGAGCGCUACUUCACGGCCCAUUACUUCGACCACAGCCUCGUAGGGGCUCAGGCAGAUCAGGAGGUUCUCAAGACACUGCUGCGUGACAAGCUGCCAAGACUGCACCGGCACUUGGCACAACUUGACAUUGAGCUCUGUACCGUCACCCUCAACUGGUUCCUUGCCAUCUUCUUCGACUCCGUUCCCUUUGAGACAUUGCUACGCAUCUGGGACUGCUUCCUGCUGGAGGGCCCCAAGGUGCUGUUCCGGUUCUCGCUGGCUAUCCUCAAGAUGCACGAAGAAGUGCUGCUCACAAAACAAGACACGGUAUCCAUUAUGCGCCAGCUGAAGGCCAUCGCCCGUCUAUGCUACGACGUCGACACGCUCAUCAAGGUUGCUUUUGAAGACUUGGAGCCUUUUCCAAGGCGGCAGGACAUCGCGGCAAAGCAGGCCUGCUUCCAAAAGAUACUCAGGGAACAGUCGAAGAAGCGGGAGCUUGAGAAGCACAGUGUUUUGUCCAGAGACAACACUGUGGCCACCGAUGGAAGCUGCUACGGGGACAACGCACUCAUUAUUGAAUCUGCAGCUGCUUGUGACUCAGAAACCAUAUGGGUGUGUCAUGCCAGCUCGAACUUGACCCGACUUUCCCGCGUGAACUGCGAAGACAGCGUGAUGUACAGGCUGAAAAUUGAGAUCGAGGCUCGAGUGAUCUGUAUGCACGCUCUAGGCCACGACGUGAUGCUGCUGGGCACCCUGUCCCACUUCGUGCACGCCUACAGUACACGCACCAGAGAGAUGAAGUGGGAAGCCCAGCUGAAUGAGUCUGUCCUGAGCCUCUGUUCCUACGAAGAGGACGACCAGUGUCAAGUGUUCGCAGGCUUGGCGGACGGCACCAUGGCUGUCAUUGAGAAUUUCUCGGUGCAUGUGGCCAAGCCCGACGUGCUGUAUAUCCACAUCGGCAGCAGUCCUGUCACCUGCUUGAAGUUGGUCGACAAAAGGCUCUGGUGUGCCACGGGAAAUCGGAUCAUCAUUCUUAGCGCCAGGACGUUGGACACUGUGGACCAGUUUCAAGUGUCGCCCAGCAGCCUGGACUACAUAUCACUACUCCAGCCAUGCUCAGCUGAGGACCCCGCGGCCGACCACUGCGUCUGGCUCGCGCUGCGCGGCUCUUCCGUACUGCAGCUAUGGGACGCCCAGGCCCUCACCUGCAAGAUGCUCUACGACGUGCGCGACGACCGCUACCCUCGCUCGACCAGGCAACAAGAGGAAGACAACGAGCUGAAUCCGGCGCGCGUCACGGCCCUGUUGUCUCUGCCGGGCAGCGUGCUCGUGGGCACAGCUCAGGGUUUUCUUAUUAUCUACCACCUGGUGCCGCGGUGUUUGGCCGCAAGUGACUGCAGAACUGAUUCGAGCACCGAAGUUACGUCGGUUGCCAAGUUCGGACCCGCACCAUCGCCGACAAUGGACGACCGAGUCGCUGCCCAAGAAUCCGAAGUGAGGGCUCGUAACGACAGCGGCUACGUCACAUCCACCCACAAGAAUGUUACCAAGUCUGCUGAUGCCACGUUGACUGCGUAUAAAAGCGAUGAUGGCGUUAAUGAUACGAGCGGCAGCCAGCAUUCAUUCCGCACGGUGAUCAGCAAAUCCACUAGUUGCCUAUCGUCUUCACCGAGGAAUACAUCAGAGGAGGAAUCUUCCCCGGGUUCUAAAAGGCGCAACGUAACUAAGAUGAACGGCCUCAAGGAGGAUGUUGAUGCUACACAGGAAGAGGCUGGAGUAGAAACAACCCAUGGUAACCUUGACGGUCGUAGAGACAAAGAGGCCACGCGAGACAUCCGGCAGGGCAAGGGUAAUUCUUCUAGAUCAUCGACGGGUUUUGCGAAAGAUAUAGAAUCGUCGGGAGAGAGCCACUUGAAUGACGGGGAAGGCAAAAAGAGGAACGGAAGCCUCGUGGAAGGCCAACUUUGUCUUGCAUCGUCUCCGGGUCGAAAGAUCUGUCGGCGCAUUAUGGAUCCAUCUGAGAUCAGCAUUUGUCCCGUGACUGAAGUGUGCAAAGAAGACUCGCGCAAGUGGAGUCUCCGGACGGCAGAUAGUUGCGUGUCCAUGAUCGAGUUGGCGGCGCCGUUGCGAAAGCAGUCUUCAUGGAGCUCCACCAACACCACACUCAGCCAUGUGCUGAAACGACACAACGCCAGCGUCGAUUGUCUCCCUGCUUGGCUCAGCCGGGACACACUCAGUUCAUCCCUGACGAGCGACAGCUACGACUUCGACGACUUCUUUGUACAGUACGCUGAUGACGGAGUGUCUACGCUGGCUGGCCAGGACUCCCAUGUGAUCCCUGCCUCCGCCUGUUUCGCGAAUGAAGAGGCACAGCGGCUGCUUGAACGACUAACCGUGCCUACAGUGUACCUCACGCUGGGCAGCCAGGAGGAGCGCUCCAGCACGUGUUCCUUCUGGACGGAGAAUGAUGACGGCGCCGAAACAUCCACCACUCAUGAUGCUACCACUAGCGAGUGGCCCGAGGGACCUUCAUACGAUGGCAACCAGCCAAGCAGCGACUUAGGCAGCAACAUCUCCUUUAGCAGCAUGGACCCACAGUACGCAUAUGAAAUGCUUGUCCAGGAGAAGAUCAAGAUCUCAGACAAGGCCAUCCGCUGCCUCGUUGAAUUGAGGCGUAAAGGCGGCUCUAUAGUUAUCAGCGGAGCUGGCUGCUACGGAGAUGAUGAAUCGGUUUUGAAGUGGACCGAGGAAGGUGAAGAGAAACUCUGGACGAACGAUCCGGUGAUCGAGGUGUGUCCGUACACUAACACGAUCAAGCCGUCGCCGUACACGCGGUCCCGACUGCCCCGAAAGGUGUCAGUUGCACAGACGAACGGGCAGGCGCGGACCGUAGACGGUGGAGCCGUGUCGAUGACGAAUGGCCCUUGCGGAGGUGGCCUCAUGCACCGCGGACGCAGCAGACCGCUCCUCGAGGCGCCCAAGGCGACCAGCUCCAUGGGCGCGCGGCUGGCGCGCAUGCAGAGCAUGUUUGUCAAGAGCAUUGAGAAGAGCUAAUCAAGCGCCUGCACCUCGCGUGUGUUCCAGACUCGGGCUUGCACUGUCCGAGGGCGGCUCCAUGCUGUUCGACUGCUUGAUUGUAUGAACGCUGCGCGCACGUGUGCGGAAGCUGUAAGCUAGAAGAUUUCACUUGUCAGCGUUCUCACAGAUGGAUUAUUGCGUGCGUCAGACAUCGGAAGAAAUUAUUUUUCAUCCUUUAUGAAGGGGUUCUUGCUAUGAAAGCACCCUGUCCAGCCUUGUGCAUACUAUCUCUGUUAUAGGAGCCUUGUUAAACGCUGUUCAUCAUUCAAGCUGAGCCAAUUAGCGUCGUCACAAUCGUGACACUAGAGCUAAGACCCAUGAUAAGUGCAUUGGGAAUGCCACUGGAAUAAAGUAAUAAAUAAUGGAAUUAGCCGAAAUAAAUGAAAUGUACGGGUUCAUGCACUUUGUUACCGCUGGUGGUUCGUUGGUUCUUUUUAAUUUUGUGAACUUGACCUUUCAACCUGUCAAACAUGUUCUGAUUCUUCGAUUGUAACCUCUAAUAAUUUCUAGCCCGUUUCUUAACAAUAUGUCCACAAGAACGUUUAUAUAAGUAGCCGUUAAAGUAUAGUAUUGCCUCUAAUGUUGUUAUUGCAGUCGUUUCGGAUUAACGUAUCCUUGCUUACACGAGGUCUCUAGACUCCCACCCUUGACAUCAGGAUAGCGGACAGAUUUAAUUGCUAAGCACGAAGUGACGAAAAUGUGAACGUGACAAGUGCCCCACUGUCCUUCUGGCAUUCGCCAGUGAAUGUAUUGGUUGUCAGCAUAUUGUGCACAUGUUACGGCCCCGCGACUUUAAACUCUGCGUUAUCUGGAUACGGUGUCCGGUGUGCAGCACAUGCGACUGCUUCGAUAGUCGGCCACUCGUGCACAACUACGUUUCAUCUUUCUUACAUUUUGCACCGAUGCGCCUGUGCGUAUCUUUCGCUAGACGAUUCAAGAAAACCCGCUAUUGGUGGCUGUUGCGCUUACCUGCGCACUUCUUUUGGACCCUGACGAAUAUGUGUCGAGUAAACAAUGCACUGAAUCGAAACACAGAAAUAGAUGAGCGGGGAUGUUUUAGGGUUCUUUCAAUCUGUAGUUAGUAAUGCCUUUGAUCAAUUUCUCAGCAAAUUUUUAGCUUCUGUCGUCAAAAACAAUAUUAAUGGGAAUAUGCAGCUGCAGCAUCCUUUCUAUGUUUCCGGGGCCGAAUUCACAAUGCUUCUCGUUCGUAAGUGCUAUUUGCGAUUGUCUGGCCUCUUUCGCUAAUUAUAUAUAUGUCCAGCGUGUGAGUUGACUGGAAUUUGCACCUACGAACAAUUCUAGCAUAAGAGCUUUUUGCGAAUAUGGGCCGUGAUCUUUUUCCGGGGCGAAAUGGGACAGCUCUCCUUGCUGUUUUCUGACCUACUGAGAAGUUGUAUCUGCACUCCUCCUUCCGCAGCCCUACACCCCAUUCCUACCUUAAAGCAUAAAUAAUACAUAGAGAAGUCGUGCUAGAUAGUUUGUUUUCUCCGAAAUACUGAGGAGCGUUGCCCAGUUAGACCAUUUAAACUGGCUUGUCAUUUAGGGUACCAUGACGGCAAAGCAGAGUAAGAAGCCGGACAGGAAGCAGCGGACAGGUCAAGGCGAUGUCCGUUCUUUCUUGUUCCGAUCUAGGCGCUAUUUUUUCGUCAUGAAGCUGUAAGCUCAAGUUCGGACGUUUCUGCACUUCCGAGAUUCUUUAAAUUGCUUCUCCAAAAGGUUGCGUCUUCUAUCCUGGAGACGAGAGCGUUAUCCUGCUUUGUCACCUAGCCGGUGAUUUUUUUUUAUACUGGACGUUAUGGUAAGCUGUCCAGUGCGUGCUAAUGUGUCCAGUGUCCCGCAAACAACAGCGUUAAUUCUUGCGAAGGAUAUUCGUCUCUCGGCUAAUCCCUUGUCCAGAUUCGUAGGUUUGGAAAAGCGGCCUUUCAAAAUGUGACGAUUUAGUCGUGUUAAGAUUGCCUGCUGUUUCAGAUCAGGGAAAGGUAAAUGCAUAAUAUCCUACAUCGUGACCCAUGCCCUUUACAUUGCAUCUGCCGCGGUGACAGCAUGCUGGAAUCGUCUUUCUGCGUCAUGCAGAGAUCACGUUUUCCCGCUUUUUUGUCACCACAUUUUUACCAAAAGCUGUGCUGGGUUGCCGAGCAUUCGGUCUCCAGGCACACUCUGCAACGGCAUGACCUUGCGAUGGUGAAGGAAGUCUUUGCCAUAUAUUGGUUCACAUCUAACUCGCCCGAACACAUUAAAUUGCAAAAUAACACGUGCCAAACUUGCAGUGUCAACAUGGCGUCCCGGUAUAUACACUGUCAUGGAGUGCGAGAGUAUUAAUACACACAAAAAAAGGAGGCGACAACACGCAUUGCUGGCUAGCAGCAAUAUUUGUUAUUGGAAGAAUGAAAAAUAUAUGUUUAAUAAAUUGUCACGAUGUCGCAACCCGAAGGCUGUUUAUAAACGAAAGGUGGCAAAAUUGCACAUGCAAAUGACCUGAUAGUCACGCGCUUCAAACAGGAACAAAAGCAAAGAAGUCCGGAAAACCACAAAGGCGCGACUGAACAAGGACACCAGAAAAUAAAGGCCAUGAAUAACGUAUGCGGAAGGUGAACAUGUGCAGAAUUUGACCAAUAUCUAGCAGAGCCACUUCGCAUACUUUCUGCGGGAUAAAUGGCUGACUGACACAGUUAGACACCCUUCAUUUUAUAUAAAGUAUGCUUUCAUUAUUUCUAUAUCGCCGUGUGUAAGCAACACCUUUCUCGCUUCCUUCAUCCGUGCCUUGGUCCAGUCGUGCUCUUACAGUUAUAAACCUGCAACAACAUGUCCAGUUCUCUGUCCUAGUAGUAUGCGAUGCGUAACAAGUGCCCAUCGCAUCGAGGCUGAAUUAUUGCGAUCCUACAUUGCCAGGAAAUAAUGCAACAUUUCAAUAUUGCACGACAUUGUCAUAGCUUCGGAUAUCGUAUCAUAUCCGUGCGAAGCACGACCCUACAAAUUCAGAGCUCUCACCUUUUACAUGGAUUGCUGUUCUGAUUGAAGUACAUUAGCUAUAGGAAGAUCGAAGGUCUUGUUACCACGCAAUUCAGUCCUGCUAGCUGAAGUCCUGCUAGCUGUGUGUCAUAAAAGGUCGUAUCUUAGUUGUAAGAGCCCAUGCAGGAAGUAUUCAUUUGAAUAAAACUGAAGCCGUCUAAGUAAACCGCCUGUACACUGCUGGGAGUCAUGUAUGAAAACUACCAGCGUUAUUUUAUUGUGUUUUCAUUCUUUCUAACUAAUCAAAGAGCAAUCGAUUACCAGCUGAAAUUUUAUGCGGGGCCCGCAUCUCUAUUGCAUGUACAAGGCAAAAUUUUCAUAGGCCGAAUUCUCAACGCUUUUCGUUCGCGAGAGCUGUCUGUCACUGGCUGACCGCUCUCGCUGACAUUAUGAUCGAUAUUUCGAUUGGCGGGGCCCCUUGCAUCUGUGUCCCCGCCUUCGUAUUGUUUAAGCACUUCCUUGUCGUGAAGCUCCUCGCCCUAUACGAGGUAGCUUUUCUUUUCUUUUCUUUUUUUUUUUGAUAAUAUGGUCUUCUGUGGCGAGUUCAGAUUGAUUAGGGGUUCGUGGGAUCGGAGUAUUUGGCCGCCACUUUAUGACCACUCUUGUCAGAAUAAGGCAUAGGGUAACGAAGUGCACGUAAGACAACGAAAAAGGCGUCAAAAUUAAGCUUGUAACAAAAGAGAUGUACAUAGUUAGCGUAGAGUUAAGCACGGAACAGUAAAAAUCUGUAAUUAGCGCAAAAGGAUGAAAUUAAACACAGAUGUGCACGUUCACACGGAGCGCGCCUUAAACCAGUACCAGAAGUGGGGCUUUACUAAACCAAAAAUAUGGGUUGAUUCCGAAGGUAGUGCAAUCUAAACAACAAACCGCAUGGCAUGCUAAUUCGCCCAAGAAGACCUUGCCUUUCUUCGAUGUCAACUGCUGUUGACUUGCAUUUGUUAUAAUUUUUGUUCGUCACCUGGUACAUCUCGCUACUUGGCGAAAAGGUAAUAUGGACAGGAGGACAAGGACAUCCGUCUCUUAACCCAUCUUAGAACGACCCUUUGUGCGUUGGAGUGUCUUCUUCGUUUCCACAUCUGGCGAUUUUGGUUCCCCGUGCGUGUGGUGCAUGACUGCGGCGCGCUCAAUGUUCCUGUGGGACUGGGGCACCUAAUUUUCGCGCCGGUGGCAUCUGUAAAAGAAUUAUCUUCUUUUUUUUUUUUUGAAGCAUGAACGCACUAUGGACAGGCGCUUCACACUUUUUUGCGAAGGGAGCCUCCCCUGCAUUCUUUACUUGUCAUUGGCUAUAAGAUCAGCUGUUCUUUAGCGAGGGAUGAUAAGAAAGCAAUAGAAUUGAGCGAAAGAACUUCCUACAUUAUACCGGCCUUUGUAAUAUGACUAAUUAAAAUGCAGACACAUGAAUUGUAUUAGCAUCAGUGAUAUUAAGCAUAAUCAGUUAGCUUACAGAAUACAAAACUAUUGAUGCUUUCUUGCCAGGACGUAAAACAAAACAGUUUGUUUCACCCGCAUAUAUAACCUUGGUUUGUUUCAAACAUGGCCUGCACAUUAGUUGCACCAUCCUACGUACAGUGAUUUUUUAUUCCGCACAUGUAGUAGAAGUGUAUGAAACAUGCGGAGCUCAAUAUUGUCAACGAUGUGAGCGUGUCUCUAGUUUGUAAAACAUAAAAAAGUAAACAUUUGAACGUUCAAGAAAUGCUAACCGGCUAUUCUUAUAUCUUUCGUGACAAGGUUUUAUUGUACUUGCUGCAUUGCCUUUGCAGCCGCCAGCCCGUUCCAUUCGGCGAUGAGUGUUUGACCAACUCGCCAGCCACCCCACAAAGAAUUUUAAAAGCAGCGAGUGUUAGAAAGAUAGGAUGUCAUAUUUUGUAGGGAUAUUUCAAUAACUAGCAAAGCUCUUUUUUGCGUUUCAGUUGUCAACCUUGCUGUUCAAAGCAGUACGUGCGUACCACGUUUGAUAAUAGAGGUAUGGGAUCCAGGUGUUCCCUUUUUUAAAAGUAUAAUCACUGACGCUGUUUGGCACUGGUGAAGUGCUAGACCGUGAUUAAAAACACGCAUUUCAGGUUAAAUAUGCGCUCUGCAUCUUCCAUCGUUCCCGCGUAGUCAGUAGCGUCUUGUAGUGGCGACCAAGGGAACAACACAUUUUUAAUAUUUAUCUCUGCGUAAGCGCUGGGAACGCCGUACGCUUAGGGCGAAAUGUUCAUUUCGUUUUCCGUGUCUUUCACGGAGCGCCGCGUCAGCGAUGAAGUUAUUGCGGAUGAAGAGAAAAUCACAGCUGCCCUAGUAGACACUCGUCGUAUUCUCGCACAGUUGCGAAAACAAUAAUGACUGAACCUGCAUCCGAAGCAGCACAUCCUGAGCUUACUCAUUUCUACUUGUUUUGUCUGUAUACGCAGGCAGCUCGGAUGGUAGGACCUGUCUCAUGUCACGUUAGAACAACUGCAUACUGGACAGGUCGGAACGAUUUCAUUUUGAGACAGGCGCGACAGGAUCGAGGACUCUAAAUACGCUGCCUCCUUGUCUUGCCGAGCGUCCUCGUUUCUAUCACGCCUGCCUCAAUACGGAUCACGUCACAUUGACAUCUACAUUAUCUCACCUUAGCACGAUAAAGUGCUAGAGACUUUUAGAAAUAGCUGACGCGAACAGCUUGGCGUACUCAAAUGAAGAAUCGUGAACGGUACUGGACAGGCGUAGAACCCAAACUCUGCUUUGGUUCUUUGUACGCAUGGUGUAUUAGGCACGCUAACUUUGCGUCUGCUAUUUCCAGAGCGCUGUUAACUUGUAGAAGCGUUAUUUUUUGGCACACGAGAACGAACGAGUACGAAACCAAUGUUGCUAUACUUUAGUAGAAAUUUGAGACACACUAUAGAUUAGUAUCACCUCGAUUUUCUUUUUCUGCCCUGUUUUGUAGCAUCAGUACUGUGACGGGAGGCCUUCGUAUUAAAGGCCUCCCUUGACUCGGGAGUCAAGUUUUGGUUUUGCAAAUGCCAGGUUCUGUUUCAACUUCAGGACAUAACAAUGACCAUUGCUGAAAUGCCAUAGAGCGUCAUAUAUAUAUAUAUAUAUAUAUAUAUAUAUAU